AUAUACAACAUAACACUGAUGACUAAAUCUAACCCGUCACAAUCGUUUGAGCUAAAAGAACUAGAAAAUCUUGAAGCGAUGGAUGAAGAACAAUUCAUCAGAAAAAACUUUUUUUAUCAAAUCGAGUGCCUAAAGGUCACGACUGAUACUUUUGGAGAAUUUUCACAUAUUAACUAUUCAGCAAACGAAAAAUCGAAAUAUAUACGGUUAUCUGAAGAUUGUGAUAUAAAGAAUGUACUUACUCUUUUGCGUGAUUACUGGCAAUUAGAAACUCCUGAUUUAAUUAUUUCAGUAACUGGUGGAGCCAAAGAUUUCGAUAUUAGAAAGACAUUAAAAGAGUCUUUCGGAAAAGGAUUGAUGAAAACCGCUACAUUGACAAGGGCAUGGAUUAUUACUGGAGGAACAAAUUCAGGUGUAAUGAAGCUGGUUGGAGAAGCUGUCAAAGAUUUUUCUACCGCUUAUGGGAAACAACGGAAACUGAUAACUAUCGGAAUUGCCUCUUGGGCUAAAAUAAGAAACAGAGAACAGUUAGUGCGAACUAACAAUUCGUAUGCGACUGUGUAUAACCCAAAAUCUAAAAACGGAGACGAAAUUGAACUAGAUGUUAACCAUACUCAUUUCUUUUUAGUUGACAAUGACAUCAACGAGUACAAAGAAGAGAUAAACUUUAGAGCCAAAUUAGAAAAAGCUGUAUCCGAAAAAUAUUUAAGUAGAAAUUUCGAAAAUGAUUCACAAAAAAUUCCUGUUGUGUGUGUUGUUCUAGAAGGAGGUAGAGGUACUAUUAGUACAUGUUUGUCAGCUAUAGAAAAUAAAACACCCUGCGUUAUAAUUGAAAACUCCGGAAGAGCAGCAGAUGUCUUAUGUUAUGCCUAUCGUAAAUUUGAAAAAAUAGACCAACCUCCUUUUACAUAUGAAAACUCUGUCAGGCGUUUUUUUCAAGAAUACGCUGAUGAUGUUAAAUAUGAUAUUGAAGAAAAAUUUAAAACUAAAUUUGUAACUCUGUUUGAAAUGAAUAGUGAACAUAAUUCUAUUAGUUUGGACGAAGCCAUUUUAGCAUCUCUACGGAAAGGAGGAUCAAAAGAUGUUCUUCAGCAGUUACGACUCGCUCUUGCAUGGAAUGUUUUAGAGAUAGCUAAAGAACAUAUCCUAAAUAACGAUAUUGAUACCAAAGAAAUACAAAAACUCUUUAUGGAAGCAGUAAAAAUAUGCCGAACUGAAUUUGUUUCUUUCUUUUUAAGGAAUUAUGAUAUUUUAGCUAAUUUACUUAAUUCUGACGAAGUUGUCCUUUUGUAUCGAAAUAUCUCGAGGAAUGUUUUUGGAAAAAAUUUGAAAGGCAAGCUAACUGAAGAAAAUAUUGCUAAAGAACUUACAAACUUGACCAUACAUUGUCAACAAGAGUAUUAUAGCUUUGAUUACAAUAAUACAGCUAAAGAACUGUUUGUUUAUUGCAUAAUAAAAAAUCAAAAACAAUUAGCGUUAUUAUUUUUAGAUGAAAUGGAGAAUCCAAUAGCAGCUUGUCUAAUUGCAGAAGUUCUUCUUAAAGAGUUAGGAUUAAAAAUCGAUGAUUCUGAAAUACAAAAAGAAAUGGAAAAUAACUCUAGUUUCUUCGGAAGUUUAGCUGUAGAAUUAUUAAGUGAAUGCUACCUAGAUGACGCUAAAAAAGCGCAACUUAUGCUUGUAAGAGAAAUAGCAAUGUUUAACAACACCACUCUUCUGACAUUAGCAAAGGCAGCUGACAAUAAAACUUUCAUUGCGCACGGUGCAUGUAAGGCUCUGUUAGAUCGUAUUUGGAGAGGAAUUAAAUUUUUGAAGCCAAAGGAAGAAGAACUUGUUAAAUGGGAAAAGAUAAGAGUGGACCAUUACAUGUCCAUUUUGGAAAAUAAAGAGAAAGACAUAAUUUUAGAAAAACUUCAUCAUCUCGAAAAAAUGACUGAAAGAUUGACCACGGCUGCAAGGAAAUCCUACGACGGAUAUAAAAUAGUGUCUGUUCAUGCGAAAACUGAUACUCAAGCCAAAUGGUUAAAUUAUCUUCAAGAAAAAAAUGUUGAUUUUUUGGUUCCUCCUAUGAAAGUCGAUCAUGAAGCUGUAAUGCUUUUAAGUCCCAGAGAAUUUCUGAGAGUAAAAGUCCUACUCCAUAAAAUCAAUUUGGAUUUUAAAAUUAUUCACAGUCAAGUUGGAGAAGAUUUAAGAAAUAUGUUCAAACGUCUUGACGAAAAGAAGCAGUUUGACAUUAAUGACUAUAAUACUCUUGAAGAUAUCAAUUCGUAUUUAGACAACCAGAGAAAUAAUUGUCCUUCUGGCGCAAAUUGUGAAAUAGAAGUUAUCGGAACCACCCACGAAAGAAGAGAAAUUAGACUUUUCAAGCUAACAAAACCCGGCGCAAAUAGAAGAAUUUACUGGUUUGACUCAGCAAUUCAUGCUCGUGAAUGGUUGGCUCCAGCAACGAAUUUGAAAAUCUUCGAUACGAUGAUAAAACAAACCGACGCCGAUUCAAUAAGUCUUUUGAACAAAUACGAUUUCUAUUUCGUUAUUAUUUUAAACCCUGAUGGAUACGUCUACAGCUGGAAUAGUGAGCGAUUUUGGCGUAAGAAUAGAUCUCCAAAUCCCGGCUCAAUUUGCCUCGGAACAGAUCUUAACCGAAACAAUGAUAUAUGCUGGAGAUGUGAUGGAACUUCUUCGAAUCCAUGCUCUGAUACAUACGGAGGAUCAGCUGCCGCAUCUGAAUUGGAAACAAAAGCCGUUGCUGAUACUGUUUCAAAAUAUGGAUCUAGAAUUGUAGCUUGGAAUACUAUUCAUACUACUGCACAAAUGAUUCUUCAUCCUUACGGAUACACCGAAAAUGGUAUAUGCUAUAGAGCAGAUGAUCACGAUGAUAUGUUUAGGGUAGCAAAUGCAUAUGCCGAUGCUGUUGAAAACACUUAUCAAACUGUAUGGACCAGAGGAACCAGCUGUGAAACAAUUUACGCGGCAUCUGGAGGAACAGAUGAUUAUGUCAAAGCUCAUGGAAAUGUAAAAUAUUCCUUCACGCCGGAAUUGAGAGGGCCAGGAUUCAAUCCGUCACCAUCGGCUAUUGAGCCAAGUUAUCAAGAAAUGUGGAAUGGCAUCAAGGCGAUGAUCGCAGAAAUUGAAGCAAUUGAAAGCGAAUAA